UCAAACACAAAGCAAAACACAUAACAAAAUGGGGUCACCAAUGGCCUCUUUCCUUGUCUUAGCAUUCUCCCUUGCUUUUGUCUCUCAAACCACCGCAAAUUACUUCUACUCUUCCCCUCCUCCACCGGUUAAGCAUUACUCGCCUCCUCCGGUUUACAAGUCUCCACCACCACCGGUUAAGCACUACUCGCCUCCUCCGGUUUACAAGUCUCCACCACCACCGGUUAAAUACUACUCGCCUCCUCCGGUUUACAAGUCUCCACCACCACCGGUUAAGCACUACUCCCCUCCUCCGGUUUACAAGUCUCCACCCCCACCGGUUAAGCAUUACUCGCCUCCUCCCGUUUACAAGUCUCCCCCACCACCGGUUAAGUACUACUCGCCUCCUCCGGUUUACAAGUCUCCCCCACCACCGGUUAAGCACUACUCCCCUCCUCCGGUUUACAAGUCUCCCCCACCACCGGUUAAGCACUACUCACCUCCUCCCGUUUACAAGUCUCCCCCACCACCGGUUAAGUACUACUCCCCUCCUCCGGUUUACAAGUCUCCACCCCCACCGGUUAAGCAUUACUCGCCUCCUCCCGUUUACAAGUCUCCCCCACCACCGGUUAAGUACUACUCCCCUCCUCCAGUUUACAAGUCUCCACCACCACCGGUGAAGCACUACUCCCCUCCUCCAGUUUACAAGUCUCCACCACCACCGGUUAAGCAUUACUCCCCUCCUCCUGUUUACAAGUCUCCCCCACCACCGGUUAAGUACUACUCCCCUCCUCCCGUUUACAAGUCUCCCCCACCACCGGUUAAGUACUACUCACCUCCUCCGGUUUACAAGUCUCCACCACCACCGGUUCACUACUCUCCUCCUCCCGUAGUAUACCAUUCCCCACCACCACCGGUUCACUACUCUCCUCCUCCAGUAGUAUACCACUCCCCACCACCACCAGUUCACUACUCUCCUCCUCCCGUAGUAUACCACUCUCCACCACCACCCAAGAAGCACUACGAAUACAAAUCUCCUCCUCCUCCGGUCCAUUACUCUCCCCCUCCGGUUUACCAUUCUCCUCCCCCUCCGGUGUACCAUUCUCCUCCUCCUCCGGUACACCACUACUCACCUCCACACCAACCCUACCUUUACAAAUCCCCACCUCCUCCUCACUACUAGAUUACUUAAUCGUCUACUAAUGGAGUCGACGACGGUACACAAGAAAACAAAGAAUCCUACGAUGAUAUAAUAAAAGACACAAGAUCAU